AUGGCCGAGAUUGAAGAGCCCGUUGCGCCUACUAAUGCCGCUGCUGAAGCUGUCACGAAUGAUAGCAAAAGCGGACCCACGGUUACUAGUCUUCCGGCCGAGGCCGAUGCCCUAACCACAACGUCCAAGGAACAGGAGGAGAACCAUGUGAAUGGUGCUGAGUUGCCCGCUGACUCUAAAUCCAAGGCCGAGACAUCCGCUGCGCAGGUCGAUGAGAAGGUGUCGGAAGAUGCUCCCGCUUCCGCCGAAGUCGAUACCGGAGCUCAUGCCGAGGAGCCAGUCACAGAAGAAACUCCCGCCGGUGAGGAUGCUAAGAUUGAGGCCUCGGGAGAACCUGCAGCAUCUCUGGAAGGUGCUUCUGAAGAAGGCAAAACAACAGAGACAGCAGGCGAGGUGCCUCCUUCUGAAGAAGUCGAAGACAAAAAGCCGAAUGCUGGCGAAGAGACCGCUACCGAUGCUGUAGCUACCAAGGACGAGUCUGCGGAGGCAGCGCCUGAAAAGAAACCAGAAGUUGCAGAGGCAGAGACUCCGUCAAAUGCUGAAGAUGUAGCCACACCGGCUGUGGUUGCUGAACAGACGAAUGCAACUGGAGAAAAAUCCGAUGACAGCAAGGCUGAGGCUGUUGAAAAGCCUCACGAAGAAAAGCCUUCAUCUGAGGAGGUGCAACAUGAUCAGACAUCUGCAACAGAAGCUACGACAACCGCCGCUGAGUCUAACGCAACCGAGGUUGCUUCUGAGCCGGCCAAGGAAGAGCAUACCGAAGCUGUCGCUGAUGGCGAAUCAACUGCUGUGGAAACGGCUGAACCUGCAACUGAAGCUUCUCAGAAAGACAUCAAGGAAACAGAGCCAGCUCCGGAAUCAACUGUUACUGCAAAAACAUCAGAGCCACAGACUGAGGCAGAGAAAGAAGUCGAACAGAGUGCUGAGAGCACGCCUGAAGACAAACUGGCAGAGGUUCUGCCUGAAGCUUCUAGCACAGUUGAAGCAGUGAAGGAAUCAGGUGACGAGAAACCAGCCGAGCAGGAGCCGUCGAAGAUCGAGACCGACGUUGCCGAGACUGUUACUCAUGAACCAGCGCCAGUGGAAACUGAAGAGACUCCUAUUGUUGAACAACCCAAGGAAUCUGAGGGCGAACCAGUCACAAAGGAGUCGGAGACAGUGGAAGAGCCGACUGUUAAGGCUACCGAGACUCAGGAAACCCCCCCAAUCGAGAGUUCUGCUCCCAAAGGGCCAGAGGAGGCUGCAGAAACUACUCCUGAACCUGUUGCCCAAGAUUCCGAAACCGCCACAACACCGGAUGCUGAAGGCAAGGUCGGAACAGAAACCAAUUCUAUUGAUGAUAAGGCUAUUGUUUCUCUUGAAGAACCAGCUGUUGAUGCCGCAGACGAAUCGACUACUGCUCCUGCUGAAGUCGUGAAGGAGGCUACUGCUGAGACACCUGAAGUCGCCGAUACAGUUGCCCCAGAAGCUGCAAAAGCUGACGAGGAAACAGCCACGGAGCCGUCUGCAAAAUUGGAGGAAGUCGUUAAAGAAGAAACCACUCCAGAAGCUACUGAAGCUGCGGCUGAACCAAUUGAUAGCACAAAGGAGGUAGCGGAGGCUCUCGAAAGUACUCCUGAUGCACCAUCUGAGCCUUCAACUGAGAGUGCCAAAGAAGCGGAAAAGCCAACAGACGUGCCAGCUAACGAUGCAAGCACUGUGGAACCAGUAGAAGCAGCAGCUGAGGAAUCAGCACUCAAUUCAGUGCAGGCCGCUGAAGCAAAGCCCUCUGAAACCCCAGCAGAGCCAACAGUUGAAACUGCGGUGGAGGGGCCAUCUACUGGUACAGAGCAAGCGGAAAUCUUGGAGAAAACAGAAGAACCGGCAGUAUCAGAAGAGAAGGCCGUUGCCGAGGAAGUCCAAGAGACGACCCCUGAGCCAGCUACAGAGGCAACCGAGUCUACUCAACCUGCCGAGCCCGCUGAGCAGACUAUCGAAGCUACCGCUACUCCAGAGCAAUCUACACCAAAGCAAAAUGUUGACACUCCGGAAGAAGUUGAAGAAUCAGCAAAGAAGGAAGUUCAGGAACCGGCUGUUGAGUCAGCUACUGAGACUAAGGAGUCUGUUGAGCCUGUUGAGCAACAUGUCGAUGCUGCUGAACCCACGGAACCUGCCGAGACCACCACUACGGCAGAGGAACCCGCAGCCAGCCAACAAGUCGACACUCAACAACCUGAAGAAUCAGUAGAGAAAGUAGCUACCGAGGAAGUCGAACCAGCAGCGGAAACCAAAGAGUCUGCUGAGCCCGCGGAGCAAACCCUCGAAACUACCCUCGAAACUACAGCUACUACAGAGGAAUCUGCACCUGAGCAGAAAGUGGACACUACGGAACAAGUUGGAAAAUCGGUGGAAGAAGAUCAGCAACCAGCUGUUGAGCCAGCUACUGAGAUAACUGAACCCGUUGAGCAACAUGCCGAAGCCACCGAUGCUGCUGAGACUGAUGCGACUGUGGAGGAAUCGACUGCUGUUGAGCAACAAGCAUCUGCCCCCGAACAAGCCGAAGAACCUGUAGCAAAUGAAGCUGCUGAGCCAUCCCAGGAAGUCCAAGAACCUCCAGCCACCGAAUCUCCUGAGCCUUCUAAGGCUAUUGAGACUGCCGAGGGGGUUACAGAACUCAAAGAAUCUGCUGAGAAACCCUCCGAGGCUACUGAAGCUUCGGAAAUUACCCAGUCGACUGAGUCUGUAGAUCCUAUUCAGCCAGUUGAGACAACUGAGGCUACCGAAAGUACCGAGACAACGGAGACUGCAGAGGUUGUCGAGAAAGCCGCGGAGCCGACUGAUUCCGCUGAGCCUGCUGGGUCUGAUGAGACUACUGAACUGGCGGAGGCAGUUAAGACUACUGAAACCGCAGAAUCUGUUGAGAAACCUUCCGAGCCUACCGAAACUAUCGAGCCUGUUGAGACUUCUGAACCGUCGGAACCUGCUGAGUCUGUACAACCUACCGAUACUCCUGCGGCCCCUGAAACUACAACGUCCAUUGAGACUGUAAAGCCUACUGAGACUUCCGAAAACAGUGCUAUGUCUGAGCCCGCUGUGGCAGUUGAGGCAGUUGAAUCUUCAGAAUCCGCUGAGAAGCCCUCUGAGACCAUCGAAACUACCGAGCUUGCUAAGGCUACUGAGCCCACUGAGACAGUGGAAAUCAUCGAAACUGUUAAGGCAGUUGAGACUCCUGAGCCCGUUGAGACUGUUGAACCAACAGACACGACCGAGUCUGCUGAGUCUAUAGAGCCCGCUGAGCCUGCUGAGACUGUCAAGGCAACUGAGGUUACCGAAGCCACCGAGACUGCAGAGACUACAGAACCAUCUGAAAUUCAUGAAUCUGCUGAAACUACAGAGGCCACCGAGCCUAAGCAACCGGCUGAGGCAGCUGAUAUCCCUGAGGUCGCAGACGCUACCGAAUCUCCCGUUCCCGAAUCUACUGAGCACGUUGAGACUACCAAGGCUGUUGAGGCCACCGAGCCAACCGAGCCUACGCAAUCGGCUGAAACAGCUGACAUUUCUGAGGUUGCAGAUGCUACGGAGGCUACUACAGAGCAAGCCCAACCCGAUACUGAGCAAGUUGUGGUAGCUGAAGAGCCACAGUCAGAGUCCACUCCUGUUCCUGAAGAACAAGUUGCAGAACCGGAGCCCCUAUCUACCGAGCCACAGGAAGCAACUAUUGAUACUGUGAAAGAACCCGUAAUUGCCGAAUCAUCGCCCGCAGAAGAGCCAAUUGUGGAGCCUGUCGCAACGGCACAAGAUGAAGAAGUUUCUGCCGAGCAAGUUACCGAAGUGGCCAGCGAAGCACCUGCGGAGGAGGCCUUGAAGGAAACGGAAAUAACCGUACAACCUGUUGAGGAACCAGCGCAGGAAUCUUCAGCUGAAAAGUCAGCUGCUGAGGUUACAGAUGUUGAAGAGGUAAACGAGGAAUCUCAAACAGCCAAGGAGGUAGAACCAGCUCCAGAGGUUCCCGAAAUAAGUUCAACUGAAGAGGCUCUGCCUUCCACUGUCGAAGAAGCAGUAGCAGCCGCGGAAACAGAUGCGGCACCUACAGAAGAGGCGGAAGAGGCAGAAGAGCAAAACGUUACUGCUGAGAGCGAGCCAGCUGCUGAAGUUACAAAAGACGAUGUGACAGAGCCGAUUACAGAAUCAACUCUCGAGGCUCCGCAAGAGACCUCAGUUGAGAAUGCAGCAGAGUCAGAAGUUGCGAAAGUAACCGAAGUCGCUGCGAUCGACGAAGCAGUAGAAGAUGAAAGCUCGGAAGUUAAAGAAGAGCUACCCGCUGAAGAAGCAUCUACUCAAUCUCCUGAUGAGCCAACGCCAGCGCCAGUUUCCGACUUGAAAGAAACAUCCACCGAGGUUGAUGAUACAGAAGCUGCUGCUCCAAGUGCUGAAACACCUGUUCAAGAAGAAGCUGUCAAGGCCACUGAAGAUACACCAGCUGUUACGGUAAUUGAAGCAUCCACGGAACCCACAGCAGAACCCACAUCGGAAGUUGCCGAAAUCAAGCCAGCUGAAGCCAUUGAGCCUGCCGAUGAUGGUACCAAGGAGACGUCUGUUGAAGAUGUUUCUACAGACGAGCAACCAGCUGAAACAGCUGAUGCGCCUGUUGAAGAACCGGUUGAGACAGCCAAGGAAGUUGCUGAAGAAGUGUCAGCACCAGAACCAGAGGCUGCCUCAGCUGAAGUCACCACAGAUGCCCCUGAGGCAGUGGCCAAGCCAGAGGAAGUUACCCACGCCGAGGCACCCCUAGAGAAAUCAAUCGAAGAGGAGGUUCCUUUACCUGUACAUGAAGACAAAGUGGAGGCACAAGAGACAAAGGAAGAUUCUACUUCUGCUGAAGAGCAUACCAUCACUGAAGAAGCGGCGGCCGCCACAGGUGUAGCAGCAGCAGCAGCGGGUGCUGGAGCCUUUGCAGCGGAAGGAGCAACUUCUGAACAGAGCCCCGCAGAGCAUGCCGUAGAAGCUAAAGAGGUGUCUCUCAAGGCUGCUGAAGAGCCUGUCGGCACCGGAGAUGUCAAUGCCGCCCCAACCCCCGAAGUUGCGAAGGAGGCGCCGGCUGAACCGAGCGUGGCGGCACAUGAUAUUGUUGGUUAUACUCCAAGGGACAUCCCUGCUGUUGAAGAAAUUCAUUUGGAUGAACCAAAAGCCGCUGAAGCUCCGACUACCAAAGACACUACAACAGAGCCAGUUCCUGUUGAAAGUCCCGCAGUUCACGACAAAGCACCAGAAACCGAAGUGGUUUCGAAGGACUCGAGCUUCGGCACUACUGAAGCUCUCGGGCUUAUUGGUGGUGCUGGUGCUAUUGCUGCAGCUGUAGCAGUUGCUGCAGACACGCUAGUUGAGCCGUCGCACGCUGCACAAAGCGACAAGGCGGAGCAAUCAAAACAUGUCCCCGUGAUUGAGCCACCAACAGAUGAGUCGCAAUCAGCCAAGGCUGCUAAUGGUCUUGAUGUGCCUCCUACUCCUGAACCGGAGGCUGAUGCAGCGCUUCAGCUGCUUGCUAGAGACCGCGAAGCACUCCUCAAACAGCUUGGAGGCUCGGUGUCUGCAGUGAACCUUCUCACCACUGACAAGAAACCUUCUGACAACAGCGCUCGUGUCGAAUCUUUCUGUGAAGAGGAUGAGCAUGUUGCCGCCGCCGGUGCAUCAACGACAAACGGCAACGAGGCUGCUGCCGAGAACAAUGAUGUAUCACAGAUCACAGAGACUUCCGAAGGAACGACUGAAAAUGGACAACAGGUCGUGCGCGAUGAGGACGCAAGAUCCACCGGUGCCCAAUCAGCCACGGCUGUUUCCUUGAAGUCUGGGAACUGGCUUACAGCUCUUUUCAAGACCAUUUUGUCGAGUAUAUUUGGAAGUCUUUUCGGCGGCCUGCGCCGAAAGAAGACUUCGGACUAA